AUGAGUGCAUCCGUUUGGCAAUAUUUUGAAAAAGUCCGAGGCGAAACUGUGGCUAAAUGUAAGUUGUGUCAGAAAGAUUAUUCAUACAGAUCUUCUAUCACAAACCUAAAAAAGCAUUUGAGCUACAAACAUCCCAUUGCCUACGAAAAUUGUUUAAACAGUCAACGAACCCUUAGGAAGUCUGUUAAGCUCGAACAUGAAAAUCAACUAGUUUCAGUUAUCGAUCUUGAAGAUGAAGGUUCGUCAACCGUGUAUCAACUGGAUAUAGUUCCUUCAGACAUCCAAAUUGUCUCGCCGUGCAAAUUGCAGCAACCUAAGCAGAAGUCAACAAAUGUGCCCGUACAACGCAAAGUGGACAAAAAGCGUAAAAAACUCAUUGAUAAAAAAUUACUCCAGAUGAUUAUCCAGGACUAUCAACCGUUUUCUGUUGUGGAAGAUGAAGGGUUUAAAGGAUUUGUAGAAGCUCUGAACCCGAGCUACGAGUUGCCUGACAGAAAACUGAUAUCUGGCACAUUGAUACCGCAGCAAUAUUUAGAGUGUAAGAGUCAAGUUAUUGAAUUAGUUCAUAAGGCAGAAAAAGUCUGCCUCACAACGGAAUGCUGGACUUCUUCCUCCAAAGACGCAUAUUUAGCUGUGACAGCACAUUUCCUUGUAAACUACGAGUUAGUAACGGUCUUGCUGCAUUGUGAACACUUCAGCGGCUGUCAGACUGCCGAGGCAUCGGCACUUGCGUCCGUUUUGUCGUCGAUAGCUUCAGAAUGGAAUAUCUCAGACAAAAUUACUUUGGUAGUUUCGGAUAAUGCACCGAACAUGAUCAGUGCUGUGCAACAGAACGGAUGGCCAUUGUUCAAUUGUUUCUUGCAUAAGCUAAACCUGGUUAUUAAAAAGGCUCUACAGAAAAUUAACGUGAUUUUAGAAAAAUUGAAAAAAAUAGUAGCUCAUUUUAAAAAGAAUUAUUUAGCGACCGAGGCACUGGAGAGGUACCAGAUCGAUUUUGAAAAUAGAUCCGAAGCACUUCGCUUGAUUCAGUCCGUUCCGACUAGAUGGAAUUCGGUUUAUUACAUGCUGGAGAGAUUUUUAAAAUUACAAGUGGCUUUACCGGUCGUGAUGCCAGCUCUGAAAGCCGGGCUACCCCUUAUUACAGUUGAAAUGUGGGAAGUGAUAAGGCAAGUGUGCAUAAUUCUAAAACCUUUUGAAGAAAUUGCGCAAAUUAUGAGUGGCAACCAAUACCUCCCAGCGAGCCUUGCAAUAGUAAUUGUAGAUGGGCUGAAAAACGUUAUUUCGAUCAUGAAAACCAAAUCCAUACUCGGCGUGGCGGAAGAAUUUCUUAAAGAGUUAGACGAAGGUAUGAACACAUACUUUCCUGAGAAUGAAAUCGAAGACAAUAUGCUCCUCGGUAUAUGCACAUUCUUGGACCCUCGCUUCAAGAGUCAUGCUUUUGUAGAAGAUAAAGAUCUCGAAAUGGACGCUGGCGAAGAGAUGUGUCAGCGUACAAUGCGUGCAUAUUUAAUUAAGGAGCGCGUCUUGGAGCUAUUGAAAACAAAAUUAAGAGAAAAACGAGGCACAUCUGAGGAUGACUACGAUCCAUUAUCUCAUACAUCGAGACCUACGUCCAGUUCUGUGGAAGAUAUUGAAAACAUAUCUAUAUGGGGCAAGAUAAAUAAAAGCAUUGCAGCAUCAGUCACCCCUUUAGUCGAUGACUUUAACACUACAGCUAGAAAAGAACUGGACAUGUUUUUAAAAGAAGAAGUGGCACAGCGAGACUCUUGUCCAUUAGAAUGGUGGAAAUCUCAUGCUUGCAUUUACCCUAAUUUAGCGGAGAUAUUUAGCGAUCAUGGCCACCUCGUGGUGACGUCAGUUGAAUGUGAACGAGCUUUCUCAAAAGCUGGGAGUCUUGUGACCGAGAAAAGAGCACUACUUAGUAGAAAACGUGCAACAGAGCUGCUAUUUAUAAAAAGCAAUGAGGCAUAUUGUGAGUAG